AUGGCCGUAGGUACUGACCAGACUGGCGACCUAGAAACAGAUGGGUUAUUACGUGACCCCAUCAACGCCCCCACCAGGAACGGCGCCAAGAAGCUCCUAAUUCUGAUCGCGUGCGCUGGAUUCAUUCUCUCCGCAGAUUUUGGAGUCUACCUUUCUGUAGCCCCGCAGACUGCCAUCUUUGAACAGAUUAUUUGCCGAAAUCAUUUGGAGCUCCAGACUGUCGGCAAUGUGACUCAAGACCCGUGUAAAUCAGAAGCCGUCCAAGGGGAGUUGGCCUUGAUCAACGGCUAUAAAGAUGGGUUUGAUGUGCUGCCAGGCAUUCUCUUUUCACUCCCAUAUGGCGUGCUUUCCGACCAUUGGGGGAGGAAACCGGUGCUAUUACUUGCCACCUUGGGCGUUCUUCUGAGCGAGCUCUGGACUCGAGUGAUUUGCGCCUGGUCAGAUGUGCUGCCCCUCCGCCUAGUCUGGCUGUCAUCAAUGUGGCAGGUUAUUGGCGGUGGCAGUGCAACGACGACUUCCGUCGCUUUGAACAUGGUCGCGGAUGUGUUUUCGGAAGAGGAGAGAUCCACCGCUCUCUUCCGCCUCAUGGCGUGCGUGCUUGUCUCUGAGGUCUUGGCUACUCCAGCCAGCGCAUACAUGAUGACAUUCAGUCUUUGGAUCCCCUAUAUUCUGAGUUAUGUGAUUAUUGUGCUUGGAUGCCUUCCCUUUUUAUUUCUUCCAGAAACACUCGAAGAUGCCAAAGCCAAAAGAACAGAUCAACAAGCCACCGUCAACAACUCGAUCGAAACCACGGCCCUACUGGGGAAGCAAACUUUCUCCCAAAAUCUCCGCCAUAAACUGCGUGAAUUCAACGAAUCUAUCAUAUUCAUGUGGAAAGAUAGCAAUGUCACAUGGAUUAUUGUCGUUGCUUUUGUCUCCGUGAUGAGCCGCCAAAGCACCAACAUUCUUCUACAGUACGCCUCCAAGAAAUUUAACUGGAGCAUUGCCCAAGCGAGUCUCCUCAUUACCAUUCGCGGGAUAUUCGGCAUCUUCAGCUACCUAGUAUUAAUCCCAACUCUCACCUUCCUGGCCGCCCGAUAUCUCAACCUGCACGGAAAAUUCAGAGAUUACCGACUCAGUCAAUUAACAGGCGUUUUUGGAAUAAUCGGCUUUACUGUGAUGGGAUUAGCUCCAAACCCAGCCAUCUUGAUCGCCGGCUUAGUGAUCUUCUCAUUCAGCACAGCUUUUGGGGUGAGCGCACGCAGUCUAGCUACGGCAUUAGUCCCACUAGACCAUGUUGGCACGUUAUACGCGGCCCUCGGGGUCUCCCAGUCCAUUGGGACAUUUAUCGCGGGCCCGUUAUUCGCCUACCUCUUCCAGCUAGGCAUGCAUCUCGGCAGUGCAUGGAUGGGUUUACCAUUCAUACAGGCCGCUAUGUGCUUUGUAUUUGCCACCGCAGCGAUUUGGCGGAUUCGACUUAGCCGAUCAUUCGAUGAAGAGGGUGGGGAGCAAGAAGCAUUAGUCUCGUAA